AUGUAUCAUUUAGUGAAAGGGAUUUAUACAUCAUUAACAAGAAAAGAAGGACUUGAUAAUGCUGGCAAAACUACUCUUUUAGAAAAACUUAAGAGUGAAUAUAGUGAAUCUAAGCGAGGAUUAGAUCCAGAUAAGAUCAUGCCCACAGUUGGCCAGAAUGUUGGCCAUAUUACUAUCAAUGGAACACUUUUACGAUUAUGGGAUGUAGGUGGAUCUGAAAACCUUCGAAGUUUAUGGGACUCUUACUACUCAGAUGCACAUGCAGUUGUAUUUGUUGUAGAUUCAACUGAUAGAGAACGAUUAGAAGAAUGUCGGGAUACUUUAGAGAAAGUUGUUGGGAGUGAAGCAACUCAGGGGAUUCCUAUUUUAAUGCUUGCUAAUAAGCAAGAUAGAGAAGAUAGUAUGGGAGUUGUGGAUAUUAAGGAGAUUUUCAAUAAGAUUGCAGAAAAGAUGGGAGCUCGUGAUAGUCGGGUAUUACCUGUGAGUGCAUUAACAGGAGCUGGGGUUGCAGAUUCUGUGGAUUGGUUAGUGACUCGAUUAUUACGCAAUAAACAAGACAGGCCUCCUAAUUAUCGAUGA